UAUAAAGACUACAAAUCCCAUUUGGUCCAUCCAAAUGUCGCGAUACUUGCUUUUUUUUAACUGGUGCCCUCACUCCGGUCUAACCGAGUGCGGCUGAGGCAGUCCGAUUUGACGCUAUUAAUAAGUGGACAUGUCUGAGCCAAUUAGAGUUCUGGUGACGGGGGCUGCAGGGCAGAUUGCCUAUUCGCUGCUGUACAGCAUUGCCAAGGGAGAUGUCUUUGGCAAAGAUCAGCCAAUCACACUGCUUCUCUUGGACAUUCCGCCCAUGUUGCCGGUCCUGGACGGUGUGGUCAUGGAGCUGCAGGACUGCGCCCUCCCUCUCCUGAGAGCCAUUGUGGCCACUGACAAGGAGGAAGUGGCCUUCAAGGACCUGGACACAGCCAUUCUGGUGGGCUCCAUGCCCAGGAAGGAGGGCAUGGAGAGGAAGGACCUGCUCAAAGCCAAUGCAGCCAUCUUCGAGAGCCAGGGCAAGGCCCUGGAGAAGUACGCCAAGAAGAGCGUCAAGGUUGUGGUUGUAGGAAACCCUGCCAACACCAACUGUCUGAUUGCCAUAAAGUCUGCUCCCUCCAUCCCCAAACAGAACUUCUCAUGCCUCACCCGACUGGACCACAACAGGGCUCGCUCUCAGAUCGCCAUGCGCUGUGGCGUUCCUGCCACCCAUGUGAAGAAUGUAAUCAUCUGGGGCAACCACUCGUCCACUCAGUACCCAGAUGUGCACCACUGUGUGGUCAAUGUGUCUGGCAGAGAGAUAGCCUGCUUUGACGCGGUCAAGGAUGAGGCGUGGCUCAAAGGAGACUUCAUCACUACGGUGCAGCAGAGAGGUGCUGCUGUCAUAAAGUCCAGGAAGCUGUCUAGCGCCAUGUCUGCAGCCAAAGCCAUCUGUGACCACAUGAGGGACAUCUGGUUUGGUACUCCGGAGGGUGAGUUCAUUUCCAUGGGCGUUUACUCUUCAGGCAACCCCUACAAAGUCCCAGAUGACCUCAUUUACUCCUUCCCUGUCCAGAUCAAGGACAAGUCUUGGAAAAUAGUGGAGGGCCUGGCCAUCAAUGACUUUUCCAGGGCCAAGAUGGAGGCCACAGCCACGGAGCUGAUAGAAGAGAGGGACACAGCCAUAGAUUUUCUGGCCAAAUGACUACACCCUGCGGCGACACACGAGCAGCGUUCGAACAGCGCCACAAUGCCAGACGCUCGCCUCUGAUGAAGCACUCCAUCAACUCCCCUAUAUUAAUCUGUAUGUGUGAGAGAGAUGUAGCGUGUUUGUUUUGUGAAAUGGGAAAAAGACUUGUCAACUGCAAUGUUUUAGCCUUUAGCUCUUCUAAUGUGCACUUUAAAAAAGGUUCCACAUGGACGUUACCAGCACAGAAAUCGGAGCUUGACUUGUUUUUUUCUGCUCUGUUACAAUCUUCCUCCCUACUAAAAGGAUGCACUGUGCAAUAAAGACAAACACGUUUGCAAA